AUCCAACAUCACUUCCAUAAGAGUCGCAGGGCUGGGGAUCUUCAAUUUCUAUGUAGCAUCAUCUCAUUCGUCUCAAUUGUUCACACGCGCCACCAUCACCAUGCCUCCCCGCAGGGCUGCUUCCAAGCAAAAGGCCCAAGCUUCUCCGCUUGAUGGCUGUUCGGUCGCUACUUCUGGUCGCUUCUCUGGAACAAGCCAGGGUGCUCUACAAAAGCGUGUCACUGAUCUAGGUGGCAGUGUGGCUUCAAAGAUCACAGCAGACACCAACAUCCUCAUUACAACCGACAAGGACUUUGAAGCCAAGUCAGCCAAGAUCGCCGCCGCCAUUGACAACGAUGUUCCCAUUGUCACCAUUGACUGGCUGGAUGAGACAGAGUCAUCGAAUGCUAGGGCGGAUGAGAAGCAGUAUUUGCUCAACACACUGGCUGCCUCCACGGUAGCCUCUGCUCCGAUAACCAACGGCAAGAAACGUGCUGCCUCCGGUUCAGCGAACGGAACACCUGUACUGAGCCAGGGUGCCUCGCAAAAGAAGCGAAAGACCCUCGAAGAUAAGGCUAAGGUCGACAACGUCAAAGUAGGUGACGGACAGAACGUGCAAUCGAAGAAGAUCCACGUCGAAGUCGACGAGCACUGCCAAGCCCCUCACUAUGAGGUGUACAUCGAUGAUGAUGGGCUCAUCUGGGAUGCCUCCCUCAAUCAGACCAACGCGUCGGCCAACAAUAACAAGUUCUACAAGGUGCAGCUGUUGCAAAGUCCGAACGGUGCGCACUUCCAGACCUGGACUCGUUGGGGUCGCGUCGGCGAGAGAGGUCAAAUGAAGAUGCUCGGUAACGGAUCGCUCGCUGAUGCGUUCAAGAACUUCGAGACGAAGUUCAAGGACAAGUCCGGUCUCAAAUGGGAAGAUCGAGGCGCUGAUCCGAAGAACGGAAAAUACGCAUACGUGGAGAAGAAUUACAACCCUGACUCAGACGACGAGGAUGACGAUGAAGUGGAGAUCCACAAAGCGGGUGGCUCAUGCACGAAGAGCGACCAGCCGCCUGUCGACUCGAAGCUGACCAAGCCGGUUCAAAAUCUCGUCGAGCUCAUCUUCAACCUGAACUAUCAGGAGGAAGCGCUGAGCGCCAUGAAUUAUGACAACAAGAAGAUGCCGCUGGGCAAGCUCAGUAAGGGCACCAUCGGUCGCGGCUUCCAAGCGCUGAAAGAACUGGCGGCUCUCAUCGACAACCCGACUACAUCCGCGGAGAUCGAACAAGUGUCCAACCGUUACUAUUCUGUCAUCCCCCACGUCUUUGGGCGUGACCGGCCAACGAUUAUUAACAACAAUAAGCUCCUUAAGGAGGAGAUUGAGUUGCUCGAGAGCUUGUCCGACAUGAAGGAAGCCAGCGACAUGCUCAAGGCCAGUCGGAAGGACGACAGCAAUCUCAACGAGCUUGAUCGUCAAUUCCAGACUCUUGGUAUGGACGAGAUGGAGCCGCUCAGUGUAAAGGGGUCGGAGUUCGCUGAGCUGUCUGACUACCUCCUGAAGACCAAGGGCGCGACGCACAAUGUCAACUAUGCCGUGCAGGAUAUCUUCCGUAUCCAGCGCAAGGGCGAAUUUGAACGCUUCCAGAACAGCCCGUUCGCGAAGGUCUCGGGCAAUCGCCGCCUCCUCUGGCACGGCUCUCGGGUCACCAACUUCGCUGGCAUCCUAGGCCAAGGUCUUCGCAUCGCUCCUCCUGAAGCUCCCGCUACUGGUUACAUGUUUGGCAAGGGAAUAUAUCUUGCCGACAUGUCUAGCAAGUCUGCAAAUUACUGCAACCACUUUCAGUCAGGUGGCACGGCCUUGUUGUUGCUAUGCGAAGCGGAAUUAGGCAACCCGGUGCAUGAGCUGAUAGACGCCUCUUUCUCUGCAGGCGAGGACGCCAAAGCCAAAGGCAUGUGUUCCACCUGGGGUAAGGGAAAGGUUGGCCCAAGCCAGUGGAAGGAUGCUGGAUGUGUCCACCCAUCUUUGGCGGGGACCCUGAUGCCUGAUGUCAGUGUUAUCCCUGGCGGCACCAACGUCAAAGGUGCUUACCUGCAGUACAAUGAGUACAUCGCCUACGACGUUACUCAGGUGCGCCUUCGCUACCUGCUUCGCGUCCGCAUGUAGCAAUGGGACCAGACGUAAUGGCGAGACCUUCAACUUUCGCAAUCGCUCGUGACGACUGCUUUUCGUCGAUUCUUGUGCCUGAAAGUUCCCGGGAUCCUCCACCAAGCUUUUUCGCGGUGUUCUCUUUCGGCGCAUACUGGCUUCUUCGGUGGGAAAAGCUCAAUCAUCUGGUAAAUUUACAGCGUGGAUUCUCCAUAUUCUUCUCCAAUGUCGGCGUCGAGCUAUUUGUAGAAGGAUUGUGUACGGAUAGCAUUGAUACCCUGCUGUAAUGAAACAAUAAUCUCGAUGAUGGAUAUUCAGAACAGGCCUAGCUCGAAGCCCAUGUCCCUGGAGACACUGUCCAAGGUUUUGCAACCGUCACUUGCCCAGAGCGUC